UAUUGGUGGAAGUAAUUGUCUGUCAGUCACCACCCAGCACGUCGGAAGACGCAGAGAAACGUCGCGGCCCAGACGUUUAAACGACGGGGGAAAGAAAGCAGCCGAGUGAGACCUGCUGCUGCUGCUGCAGUGAGUGAGAGAACAUCCAGCCCAACUCCUGAGACUGAGCCGAAACCAGCUGUUUUCGAGGGAAGCAGCAAGUCGUACAGCCACCAAAAGCCCUUCCAGGUGGAUCCCGUGGAUUUCCCCUGUGAGCUCCAGAGCGUCCCCCGACCCAAAUGGCAGGACGCCCCGUGCGCCCCAACGGCCAGCCUCAGCCCAGCAAGGUCUGCCAGUUCAAGCUGGUGCUUCUGGGGGAGUCUGCAGUCGGCAAGUCCAGCUUGGUGCUGCGCUUUGUCAAAGGGCAAUUUCAUGAGUACCAGGAGAGCACCAUUGGAGCUGCAUUCCUGACCCAGUCUGUGUGCCUGGAUGAUACCACAGUGAAGUUUGAGAUCUGGGACACAGCAGGACAAGAGCGCUAUCACAGUUUGGCCCCAAUGUAUUAUAGAGGAGCUCAGGCAGCCAUCGUAGUGUUUGACAUCACCAAUACGGAGACAUUUGGCCGAGCCAAGACCUGGGUGAAGGAACUUCAGAGACAAGCCAGCCCCAACAUUGUUAUCGCUCUGGCUGGAAACAAGGCUGAUCUGUCUGCCAAGAGAGCGGUGGAGUAUGAGGAAGCUCAAGCCUAUGCAGAUGACAACAGCCUGCUGUUCAUGGAAACUUCUGCCAAGACUGCCAUGAAUGUCAAUGACCUUUUCCUAGCCAUUGCCAAGAAAUUGCCAAAAAGUGAGCCCCAGGCUGGAGCAGGGGGUGUGGCAGGCCGGGGUAGCCGAGCAGGUGUGGAUCUGAACCAGCCCAGCCAGGCCAACAAGAGCCAGUGCUGUGGGAACUAAGAGGACACUGUGGGAGGGUGGGAGGAGAGGGACAGGUGGAUGUUGUAUGUCUGGUUUGGCGGCAAGAGAAUGUGCGAUGGGAACAAAUUUAGGUGUCUCACAUUAUGCCCCCAAACUGAGGUCUCCUGUGACUCAGUGCACCUGAGCUCCUUUACCAAAGUGCAGUUGACCAGAUAUCUUUAGGCACAGAUUGGUAAAGGAAGAAUGUGACUUUUGGGAACAGCUGUGUCUACUGAAGUAUGGACCUCAAGAAAUGACAGGAGACACUAUCAAGUACUCACCCUGAUCUCUGUGUCUGUGCAACACUUUUUGGAAGAAACACCUUUGGGUUUCUUCAUGGUUGGUUAAAAUGUCUUUGAAGCUACAUGCCUUCUGAAAUUUCAUGUCCGCUUUUUCUCCCCCGGGUCAUUGUCGAAGUGGAUGCCAGUAAUCUAAACCUCAACUUCACCAAUGAUAUCAGAAUUGAAAUGCUUAUUGCAGUAACAACUGUACUGUUAAAAAUUUGGAAAUUUUGAAGUUGACCAUGUUUGAGUGGAUAAUUGGUUUCUUUGUUGGUCCUAUUUUUCAAUUCUGAGAGGAUGGAAGCAGGUGUGAUCGUGGAGCAUAGAACUAUUGUAGAUAAUUCCAUAACAAAUUUGUUCUUGCUGGAUGAGGUUUGUGGAUGGAGGCCAUGGGUAAAGUCUGAAACUACUCUUCACAAUCAUAUGCGAUGCCAUCAUCAUUGUGAAAACUGAUUGCCUGCCUAGUCACAUUUUAUCCACGUCAAGUUUAACACGCUGGAAAAGUGCAAAUAGCAGUCAUAUGACGGCAGAGUUUGUGGCAGACACAUGAAAAAUGGGUGCAUUACAGUUCAGUGACAAGGUAGUGAGAAGAAGCCUAUAAAUGCACAUUUCCAGAUGUGGUAGUCAGGUAGAGAUGGUUACAAAUAACAAAGGGAUUAAAGGCACAGCUCCAAUGCAUAUUUGCACUAAAGCACACACAGUCCUGGAAGCACUCCAUUUUUACUCUAAAGGGUCAUCCUCUACUUUAGUAGCGUUAACAGCCACUGUAGUUGCAUUUGGCUACUUUGGAAAUAUUGCAGUUUGGUAAUGAUGCAUGCAGUUUUGUCACGAUACUGGUCAAUGCAAUUAUUUUAAAUAAUGGAACAGAUGGCAAAAACUAUAGAUUCACAACUAAAAACAUUUUAUCUCCUGCAAAAUUAUGUCUUGGAAAAUUAAUUUUAUUCUUUGUUCCCAGCUUUGCCCCAAUACCAAACUCAAAAUUUAGAACCUUGCAUAGCAUACAGGGACAAUAAAUGUAUUUGCAGUUAGUUUCAAGAUAAUAGGUAAAAUGUAUUUAUAGCUAAUCAACUGCUUUAUAUCCUUAUUUCCAGUCCAUAGUUUUCCCCACAUUCAAUGUCAUAAAUUUGUUAUGCAAUAUUAAUAAUUAUGGUUUUAGCAGUGAGACCCAAACUAAAAUUGAACUAUAACUACCAGUAUGCAUAUUAUGUACAGAAUCAAUUUACAAACUACUGGUGUAAAAGCAAAUGUAUCACUCAAAAAUUGUAUUACUACAUGUGUUGUGUUUAGUUACCACAGGGAAUAGGCAUAUUACAAUAACUAAUGUACAAUGGAUUUGCCCAUGAAGAAAUAAUUGGGAGGUACUGCAGUAUUUUAACUUUUAUACUGCACAGUAUUUACAGUUUAUGGUUUCUUUACUAAAUAUGGUGUAUAAACUGCUUAAAAAUACAAAAGAAAGCACCUGCCUUGGUUAAGAACAGGAAGUCAAGGGGAAGCUGAUUACAUUUCCAUUAGGUAUUUAAUGUAAGUUUAAAAAAAAAAAUAAUCUCAAGUCCUGUCUUGUAUGAAAAUAAACUGCCUUUCAUAACUGUGUUUUGUGUUUAGUUGGUACUGGUUUAAGUAUACUGGUGAACCAGGCAUGUCCACCUAUACGUGACUGCUAUGGUCAGAUGUAGAGCUGAUAAAGAGCAUCUGAGUAAAGUGUGGUAUUCACUUAAGCAUAACAUGCUGGGGAAUAAUGCCAGCUUUGAUGAGUCAUGCUGCUACUGCACUUUUAGUCCCAGUCAGCAGAAGACAUACAGAUGAGCAUUUUAAUCCAUUACAAACAGCAUUGUAAUAUUUGACAUAACACCUCUGUGGAACAUACUUCCCCCAUAUGUCAUGAUACUACUACAUGUAAAACUAACUAUACAAGCCUGGUAAUGUAACAUUAUUGCAUUAAAAAAAAAAAAUCACAUUUAAAAAUGCAUAGAUGCAAAACAGUUCAUUUACUAAGCCCUUUUAUUAAUAUAAAUGCUUAAGAGCAGUUAUCUUCCAGGCAAAAAUUGUGUGUUCCAUUUGUGUUAUAGCAUCCAAUUAAAAAUGACUGGUGAAAUAGUGUUACCUUGUGGAACAGAUCUGGAUUUCAAGUGCAAACCACAAUCUAAUCAGACAUACUUCACAUUCCAUCUAAGGAAAAAUGUAAAUAAAUGGGAAAAAAUGUUUACGUAAGACAUACAAAACUACUUUGGAAUGCAGUCUACUGCUAUGUCACUAGUGCAGAACUACCAGCCCACAUCACUGUUUGCAUCUUUAUAUCCAUAUUUCUAUUCUGACAACCCUUUCAACAGUGUUUCAAACAGACCUAUUUUAGUAUUAACACAUUCAAAGGCCAUAGCACUUGAAGAUACUGUACAUUCAGAUUUAAUAUCAAUACCAAAAAGUACAUAAGACACUAUAAUCAGCUCUACUUGUGUCCUUUUUCAUUGAAACAUCAUGUUUGGCCCUUUUGAAAAUGAAUACACAGUUUCCAGCAAAAUUUGUUUAGAGGAUUUUACCCUCCCUCCAAGGGAAAUACAGCUUCUGAUGAUUCAGUACAAACUUGCAGUACAACCCUGAAAACAAAUAGUGUCGACAAGCGUGCCCUGUGGAAAGCUCAAAGGGCAAAAGGAAAAACAGCUCAGUCCAGCAAUGUUUGAUAAAAGGUUUUCCUUUUUUCAGUAGUUUCACAACAGCUGUGCAUGAGUUUGUGCAAGUAAAAAUUCAAAAAGCAGUGUGGAUCAACGUGAAUGCUUAAAAUGCAUACAGUACAUGCUACACUUCAAUAUACCACUUAGCAUGCACAGUCUGUUUUGUUCAUAGAAUUAAUCAUUACAGCAUCUCAAAGUAUUUAGAGGACCUUAUCUAUUUUGU